UUUUUCUGAGAAAUACUCGUACUCCGUAGGCUUGGUUGAUUUUCAUUUUCGCCGCCGCGUCCCACCACCAGCACCGCCACCGCCACCGCCACCAGAGCAACGCGGGGAGGGCUGCUGCUGCGAUGGCGACGGCUGCUGCGGCGGCGGCGACGGAGACGGGGGACGAGGAUCUGGAGACGCUGCUCCGAAACUUCCACCGCUUCUCCCAGGGGUAUAAAGACGCACUAAUGGAGGCCCAGACUUUAAGAGUGAACUGCAGUUCUGAAUCCAAGAAGCGUGAAGCUCUUGAGUCGCAUAUAGCAGAUCUAAAGAGAGAUAAUGAGCGUUUAAGAAGGUUGUACACUGAAACUUUAUUCAAGUUCACCAACCAGAUGAAAUAUCACACAGAAGCUCAAAGUCUGAAGGAAGAAUUAGGAAAAGCAAAUAGCAGAUUGGUAUCCAUGGAAGAGGAGCAUAAGAGGGAGAUCGAACAACUUAAGCAUGACAAUGAAAUGAAUUGCAAUGCCCUGGAGAACAAACUCAGCUGCGCUUUUGUUCAGCAAGCUGCCGAUGAAGCUUCGAUAAAACAACUCAAGUUGGACCUGGGAGCUCAUAAAGCUCACAUUGACAUGUUAGGUAGCAAGUUGGAGCAGGUGACUGCUGAAGCACAUAUGAAGUAUAAAAACGAUAUCCAGGAUUUGCACGAUGUGAUCAUGGUGGAACAGGAGGAGAAAGACGACACGCGAAGGAAGCUUAAAACUGCAGAAAAUGAGCUGAGGAUUCUGAAGAUGAAGCAGGCAGAUCAGCAAAGGGACACAGUCUCGAUCCAGCACGUGGAGUCGCUGAAGCAGAAGGUCAUGAAGCUCCGCAAGGAGAACGAGUCCCUCAAGCGGAGGCUGGCGAGCUCGGAGCUCGAUUGCUCAUGAGGGCCGGCACCACCCCUGCCGUCAGGUUUCGACUCAUUGUAGCUUCCUUCCCCAAUCCCCAUGUACAUUCACACACACCAUAUCUCGCCAUCGGUGAUUUUCUCGUGUCAAGACGAGAAACGGUACACCAUGAUAUGGUCAUACAAUCAGGGGUUGCACAGUAAGACUACUGAUUACUGGAUGAAAUGUAUGUUCUGGAAUGA